AUGGCAUUCCCUUUUGGAGCCGUUUUGACUUUAUCAUUGCUCUUUCUUGUUGUAUUUUCAUUUCCUAAUGUGCAUGCAAAUGGUAUCAGCUCCUCAUGGAAACAUGCAGCUCACAAUGUUAUUGGAUCAAACCAUGUGGUUGAUGUCCCAAAACAUCAUGGCCGCGAGCUUCGAACUGGUCUAUGGAAGAAAGCACGUGCCACUUUCUAUGAGGGCAGCGUUGGAACAUUUGGUGGAGCCUGUGGAUACGAUGAUGUGGUUAAAGAUGGGUAUGGCUUAGACACAGUAGCAUUGAGCACAGUUUUGUAUAAAAAAGGUAAGAAAUGUGGUGCGUGUUAUGAAAUCCAAUGUGUGGACUCUCCAGGGUGUAAGAAAGGGACAACCUCUAUUACUGUGACGGCAACAGACCUUUGUCCUCCCAAUUAUGCCCUACCAAGGGACAAUGGAGGAUGGUGCAACCCACCAGGACGGCAUUUUGACUUAGCCAAACCUGCUUAUCUUAAAAUUGCUGACUACAAAGCUGGCAUUGUGCCAAUCACAUACCGCAGUGUACCCUGCAAGAGGAAGGGAGGUAUUCGGUUCACGAUCACAGGGAAUCCUUACUUCAACUUAGUGAAAGUGUCAAAUGUUGGAGGAGCUGGAGAUGUGGUAGGAGUGCAAGUAAGAGGUGAAGACAAACUGAAAUGGACACAAUUGAAGAGAAAUUGGGGUCAAAGAUGGGAGACUAAUGCCAUGUUAUGUGAAGAGACAUUGAGCUUCAGAGUGAGGACAAGUGAUGGAAGGUGGUCCACUUCAAAGUCUGUUGCCCCAAAGGGCUGGCAAUUUGGUCAGACUUUUGUAGGCAAAAACUUUGGCAAGAAAUAAUAACCUUUAGAGUAACGUAAUCAGGGUUUGAUUCAAUUAUUAUAUUUUUUAGUGAGAGAUAUGUAGAAAUAAUAAUGUAUGAAUAUGUAUCUAAAUUUAAUUAGAUCAAUCAAAGUAAAUGGUAUAUAAGCAAAAAGAAGUUCACAUCCUUCUCUUUUUCUCUUUUGGGCUUCUUAUUGUGCCCUACCAUUUAACAAAUUCAUUCACCAGACUAGAGAAAGACGUAAAAUAGAAGCAAAACUGAGGAAAAUUUUACUCACCGUCAGGGUGAAUUAGCCCUGAGAAAACUAUUAACUUAAAUUUAUAUAUGAAUUUUUAAUGAUUACACAUAAAACAGCUUAAAGUACAAACCUUUUCUGAGCAACCUGCAUCAGUAAUAAUAGAAUACUUGGAAAACCUUGCUUCUCAAAUGAAGAUAUCAACCUCAGAUCAAGAUAGAGCGCAUAUUGACACAGCAGUCUUCUUGAAAAAGGAAUCAUGUGUCUGAGUCAUGCCUUUCUGGGGAUCAAACCUCUAUUAUAUCUUUUCACUGAAGGUGUAUGACAAUUUUGCUCUGAAU